GGCCCGUGUCGUGACUGGAUGUGUCCACAGAACAACAGGUGAUCCUGAUUCUGACCAAACUGUACGACUUCCACAUCGGCAGCGUCACUGAGAGCACGCUCUGGAGAUCUACUGACUCCGGCUCCACAUAUGAGAGAAUGAACGACAAGGUCGGAUCCAAGACUGUCCUCAGUUAUCUGUACGUCUGUCCAACCAACAAGAGGAAGAUGAUGGUGUUGACAGAUCCAGAGUUUGAGAGCAGUGUUCUGAUCAGCGCUGAUGAAGGAGCCAGUUUCCAGAAGUACCGCCUCACCUUCUACAUCCUCAGCCUUUUAUUCCAUCCAUCAGAGGAGGACUGGGCCCUGGCCUACAGCCACGACCAUAAGUUGUACAGCUCCGUGGACUUUGGACGGAAAUGGCAGCUGGUCCACGAACACGUGACGCCCAACAGAUUCUACUGGUCUGUCUUGGGUCUGGAUAAAGAACCGGACCUGGUCCACAUGGAGGCUCACACUCCAGAUGGAAAUGUUCAGUACGUCACCUGUCGGGCUCACAUGUGCACUGACGCCAACAGGGACUACCCGUUCUCCGGUUACAUCGACAUCAGCUCGUUGGUGGUGCAGGACGACUACAUCUUCAUCCAGGUCCCCACCUCAGGACGGGCCACCUACUACGUCUCCCAUAAAAGGGACCAGUUCAUCCAGAUCAAACUGCCCAAAUAUUCUCUGCCUAAGGACCUGCACAUCGUCAGCACUGAUGAGAAGCAGGUGUUUGCAGCUGUGCAGGAGUGGAACCAGAAUGACACCUACAACCUGUACCUGUCCGACACCAGGGGCAUCUACUUCACCUUGGCCAUGGAGAACGUCAGAACCACCCGCAGCCAAGGGGGGAACCAGAUGUUGGACCUGUAUGAGGUGGCAGGAAUCAAAGGCAUGCUGAUCGCCAACAGGAGGCAGGAUAACCAGGUGAAGACCUACAUCACCUACAACAAAGGGCGGGACUGGAGGCUCCUGCAGGCGCCCACAGCAGACCUGGACGGAAACGACAUCCACUGCAUUUUACCGUUCUGUUCACUCCAUCUUCAACUGCAAAUGUCGGAGAACCCCUACCUGUCCGGAACCAUCUCCACCAAGAGCUCAGCUCCAGGGAUCAUCGUGGCCACAGGGAACAUCGGAUCGGAGCUGUCCUACAACAACGUCGGAAUGUUCGUAUCAUCUGACGCAGGAAAUAGCUGGAGACAGAUUUUUGAAGAGGAGCACAAUAUCUGGUUUCUGGACAAAGGCGGCGCCCUGGUGGCUGUCAAACAACCGUCUGUUCCCACCAGACACCUGUGGGUCAGCUUCGACGAGGGCAGGCAGUGGACCCAACACAGCUUCUCCACGGUGCCUCUGUUUGUGGACGGCGUCCUGGUGGAGGCGGGGGCCGACAACCAGAUCAUGACCUUUUUCGGACACUUCAGUCACCGCUCCGAAUGGCAGCUCAUCAAGAUCGAUUAUAAGUCCAUCUUCAGCAGGAAAUGCACAGAAGAAGACUAUCAGACCUGGCACCUGCAUAACCAGGGUGAACCGUGUGUGAUGGGCCAGAAGCAGAUCUACAUGAAGCGCAGGCCUGGGAACUAUUGCAUGCUGGGAAAGGACUACUCUCGGAUCCUGUCGGCUGAGUCGUGUAUCUGCAGAGCCCACGACUUCGAAUGUGAUUAUGGAUAUGAGCGUGGUGCAGAUGGAACCUGCAGAUCUGCCUUCUGGUUUAAUCCAUCCACUGUGUCCACGAGCUGCAGCACCGGACAGAACUACCUGAACAGCACCGGGUACCGCAAAGUGGUUCUGAACAACUGCACCAAAGGAGUGAAAGAACUGUACACGGCCAGGAAACAGCAGUGCCCCAACAGGCCGCCCAAGGGACUGCAGCUGACCACCAAGGACCGCAAACUGACCGCUAACCUGGGCCUCAACGUCACCUUCCUGGUCAACCUGGACCAGGGUGACUCUUUACGAACCAACAUCCAGCUGGACUUUGGUGACGGCACCGCUGUGUCCUACUCCAACCUGAGCUGGACCGAGGAGGGCAUCAAACACGUGUACAAGUCCGCUGGGAUCUUCAGGGUCAGCGCUCUGGCAGAAAACACCCUGGGAUACGACACCACCAGCCUGUACCUGCACGUCACAUGUCCAGUAGAACACGUCCAGCUCCUGGCUCCCUUCGUGGUCAUCAGGAAUAAGGAGGUGAACAUCACGGCGGCGGUCCUGCCCCCCCACCCCCGCACCGUCACCUACUUCUGGUGGUUGGACAAUAACACUGAGCCCCUGGUGACGUUGGACGGAAGUGUCUCCUACACCUUCAGCAGCGAGGGAGUCCACAGCGUCACCGUCCAGGUGUCUGCGGCCAACGCCAUCAUCCAGGACACCAAGACCAUCGUAGUCAGAGAGUUCUUCAAAUCUCUACUUUUAUCUUUCUCUCCGAAUCUGGACGAGUUCAACCCUGACAUCCCUGAGUGGAGACAGGAUGUGGCCCGGGUCAUUAAGAAGGCUCUGCUCCAGGUGUCGGACUUCCCAGAGGAUCAGCUGUUGGUGGCAGUGUUCCCUGGAGUCCCAACGGCCGCAGAGCUCUUCCUGUUACCGCAUAAGAACCAAUCAGAGAGCAAGAAAAAGAUGGAGGAGGAGCUGGAGCAGGUAUCUGAUGUCAUCGUAAAUGCCCUGAACCAAAAUCUGGUGGAGUUUGAGCUGAAACCUGGUGUGAGGGUGAUCGUCUACAACACACAGUUAACACUGGCUCCUCUGGUGGACUCCAACCCCAGACACAGUAGUUCUGCCAUGCUCAUGCUCCUCUCGGUGGUCUUCCUGGGCCUCGCCGUCUUUCUCAUCUACAAGUUUAAAAGAAAAAUCCCUUGGAUCAACAUCUACGCUGAGGUGAACCAGGAGAAGGAGCAGGAGAUGAUUGGCUCGGUGGGCCAGGGCCAGGCCACGCCCAAAAUCACCCUGAGUGAGUUCUCCACCUCCAAAGAGCUCAUGGACAAGGACCUGGACGCCAGGGUCCAACGAGGAGUGGGCGUGGCCUGUGGAGGAGUGGGCGUGGCCUGUGAGAGCAUCAGGGAGAUUCCAAACUGUACUAGUGUGUAAAGAACCAGAGCAGGCGUUCGUGUCCACAGUAAAGUAUCCAUAUGUG